CAACGACACAAUCUCGUAAUUAUCCCAAAGCCAAAGGGCAAUUUCUUUAGUCAUUGACCUUAUUAUACUUGCCUCCGCCCCUUAAUUCAACACAAAAAAUUCUCACUCCACUAAAUCGCUCCCACUUGUUCACUUUUUCUCUCACUUUCUCGGAAAAUAUUAUCGUCGCCGACUAACAUUUCUUGCUAUUUUUUUCUGUCAAUUUCUUGGGAAAAAAUCUCAUGCGAUGGGAAAGUGCCAGAAAAUUCGUCAUAUUGUUCGAAUCCGACAAAUGCUCAAGCAGUGGCGAAGGAAGGCCCGCAUAACGGCCAGCAACGGCAACAACAAGAAGAAUAACGGACACGCGCCAUCUGAUGUUCCUGCUGGACACGUGGCGGUAUGCGUGGGAACCAGUCUGAGGAGAUACAUCGUAUGCGCGACGUACCUUAACCACCCAAUCUUCAAAAAACUCCUUGCACAAACCGAAGAAGAGUACGGUUUCAACAACGUAGGACCCUUAACCAUCCCAUGCGAUGAGUCGCUCUUCGAAGAAAUUCUUCGAGUUGUGUCCCGAUCUGACUCAUCAUCAAAGUCGGGCCGUUUCUCUACUUUCAAAGAUCUUCAGGGAUGCUGCCACGUCUGCAUGAAGAAUAAACUAGGGUUUUUCAGCGAAUCUCGACCGUUGCUUCAUGGCGUUGCCCGUUGCCGAUCCGUCUACUAAAAGCUUUAAGCAACCCACCAUAGAAGUACUAAUACUUCUGGGUUGACUCAACUGAGUCACUCGAGUUGGAAGGGCUAACAGCUAUAAUUUCAAAAUUGAGUUUGAUAGAUAUUAAUUAUUAUUUAUUUGAGUGAUUAGUAGGUAAUUUUUAAGUUUUUUAAACGCUUUGAUUAUGUUGUUGAUUAAGGAGAUGACAAAGAAGAGAUUGGAAAAGUUCAAGUGUAUAUAUAUAUAAAUAGGAAGCGUUUUAUGUUAGUGUAACUUUUA